GUCAACAAGAGUGACCAUGACGUGAUGCUAUGCAGCUGUUCAGUUCCGAAGACCUUUAGCUUUUUUCAUACUUGAAGGACAUUUGCAAGGACAUCGGAUUUUGAAUACUUGGACCAAAUUCUUCUAUCUAAACUGCCCAUCCCCGAGUCUCACAGAGUUGACGUCCCGUCCGAGUCAUCCGGCACUUCACUAUGAAGCCGCGAAUCUUUUGUAUUUUCUCCAUUGCACUUAUUCCCUGGAUCGGCGCUGAAAAGACAGCUCCGAAAGUAGAGCCGACUGGUCCAAAUGUCUGCACCGUGCCUACUAUUGUCGACGAGUUCAAAUUGGAGAAAGUGUUCCGACCGGUUGAGUACACCGAAUAUGAGACGUGUCUUGAUGUUUCCAAGGGAUUUAGAUGUCCGGUUGUCAAAAAAGGUGGCCGAUACGGGUAUGAAAAUAAACUGGUCAAAGUGGAGAAAUAUGUGAAGGCAUGCUGCGAAGGAUAUUAUCAAACUACGGAAAACCUUUGCAAACCUGAAUGUGAUCCUCCAUGUAAAAAAGGCCACUGCGUAGCGCCAAACGUCUGCGAAUGUGACUCGGGUUACGGUGGAAAAUACUGCACAUCAACAUGCUCUGUGGGUCUCUGGGGACCAUCAUGCCAACGAAAAUGCGAUUGUGAAAAUGGAGCCAAUUGUGAUCCAGAAACGGGUGUCUGCAUCUGUCCUGCCGGCUAUCAUGGUGAAAGAUGUGCUGAGGAGUGCCCACCUGAUCGCUAUGGUCCCAACUGUACGGAAAGAUGUCUUUGUCAAAAUGGUGGCAGAUGCGACAAAGACGGAAAAUGCAAUUGUCUUGAUGGUUUCGCUGGCGAAUUCUGUCUUCGAAAAUGUGAUGAAGGAAAAUUUGGCGCAAAUUGCAAGUUUGAAUGCAAUUGCAAGAACGGAGCCACUUGCGAUGCAGUAAAUGGACGAUGCAUUUGUGCAGCUGGUUUUACCGGUCCAACAUGUGAGGAUAAGUGUCCAGAUGGUUAUUACGGGCAGAACUGCACUCACGUCUGCGAUUGUCUAAACAAUAACAAAUGUGAUCCGAUCAGUGGCAUGUGUUUAUGCGUCGGAUGGAUGGGCGAAAAGUGUGAACGCGGAUGUCCAAGAGGAUUCUAUGGACCUAUGUGUUCAAAGAAAUGCGAACUCUGCAAUGGCAUUUCAUGGACAGACUCGAAUGCGGCAUGUGAUCCGAUCACAGGAGCAUGUAAAUGCGAACGAGGUUAUAAGGGACCAGACUGCAAGCAACGAGUUUGCGAAGAAGAUAUGUACGGUCUAGACUGCUCUAAACAAUGCACCUGUGUGAUGGAAAAUACCGAAUCAUGUGCCCCAGACACGGGUUACUGUAGAUGUAAACCUGGCUACGUCGGUGAUUCUUGUGAACAGAUCUGCUCCAAACUCAACUGGGGACGAGAUUGCGCAAACACAUGCGAAUGUAACUAUAACUUCACAUCUGAAUGCGAUUUGACCACUGGUAGAUGUGUAUGUUUACCGGGCAGAACUGGAGAAAAGUGCGCUGACGAAUGUCCAGACGGAUAUUUUGGGCUAGAUUGUGCUUUCAAGUGCCAGUGCGGUGAGAAUGGUGUUUGCGAUAAAAGAAAUGGUUCAUGCAAGUGUCGAAAUGGUUUCCACGGAGCCACAUGCUCAAUAUCUUGUCCCGCUGGUCAUUUUGGUGAAUCAUGUGCCGCUUGUCAGUGCCGUAAUGGAGCAGGAUGCGAUCCUGUCACGGGCGACUGCCACUGUGCUGCAGGCUGGACGGGAGCGAAAUGCGACACGCCUUGUGCUGCUGGCACUUAUGGACCACACUGCGCGAUUGCGUGCCGUUGCAAGAACGGAGGCGAAUGCGAUAGAUUCACUGGAGAAUGCAAAUGCACACAAGGAUUCAAAGGCCCUGAUUGUUCGUCGCAAUGCGAAAAUGGUCGUUAUGGUGAUUCCUGUCAAAUGGACUGCGACUGCAAUGGAGGCAGCUGUCAGCAAAAGACUGGAAAAUGUGUGUGUGGUCCAGGAAAACAAGGAGAUCGCUGCGAUCAAGAGUGUGACGCUGGACACUUUGGAUUUGGUUGUCGAGAGUUCUGUGGAAAUUGCACUUUGGACAGUAAUACUGGGCAAUGCGAUUCCAAGACUGGAGCUUGUCUGAAAUGUCCACCCGGAAGAUCUGGCGCCAACUGUCAACAUAGUUGCGAGGAAGGCAAAUGGGGACAAGAUUGUGCGCAGAAAUGUUCAUGCGCUGACGGCCAUAAAUGUGAUCCUGUGACUGGUACUUGCAUCUGUGAUUCUGGUUAUACUGGCGAAAAUUGCGAACAACAGUGUCCUGAAGAUACAUGGGGAUUCAACUGUAGCAACAAAUGUCCAGCAUGUGCCAAUGGAGCGAAGUGCAGUCAUGUAGACGGAACCUGCUCCUGUCCAGCUGGUUAUGAGGGACGACUCUGCGACCGACUAUGUGUUGCCGGUUUCUGGGGACUUGGCUGCGCUAAGCAGUGCCACUGCGCAUCGGAGUUCAAACAGUGUGAUCCACAUACUGGCGAAUGUGCCUGUCCAGCCGGAUGGCAGGGCGAUCGUUGCAAUGUGCCCUGUGAAGAUGGCUACUAUGGACCAGAUUGUAUAAACAAGUGCAAAUGCCGAGGCACAUCGUCAGCGAGUUGUCAUCGUGUGACCGGAGCAUGUCAGUGUCAUGCUGGGUUCACGGGAGAGUUCUGUCAUGCCUUAUGUCCAGAAGGCACUUAUGGUCUGCGAUGCGCCCGCGAAUGCGGCGAUUGUGGAGUCGGAUACGAGUGUGAUGCAGCCAUAGGCUGUUGCCAUGCAGAUCAACUCAGCUGUGGCCAAGCAUUGAUGGAAUUUCAACGACAGCAAGGCAGCGAUGGUCAGUCGCGUACAGGAAUCAUCAUCCUAGCUGUCAUUGUCUUCGGCAUUCUGUCUGUUUUGCUCGUUGCUAUGAUGCUCUACUAUCGUCGCAAAUACUUCAGAGAAAAAGAACCGGAGGCGCCAACUGUUGUAUUCCACGCCGAAAAUCACGACGAGGGCACCGAAUUCAAUAAUCCGUUGUAUUCGAGACAGUCUGUGCUGGAUACAGAUCGGGGAGCAGAGUUUCUGACACCCGAAGAGGAAGCUAUGGAGCAGAAAAAGCUCCGGGGGCGAUCAUUCGGCGAUCGUACGCAGAAUGAAUACGCUACACUGGACGAGAUGGCCGGUACUUCAUCAGCACGAAAUCAGACGUUGGACGAAAGCUAUGAGGUGCCGCAAUAUUUGAAUGGUUUAAGCAGUCCACAACGUCGUGCCAAGGAAAAUGAGCUGAACGCUCGCGCGGCUGGAAAUUUAUACACAUAGUCUAGUACGGCUUCGUCCAAUUUUCACAAUUGAUUUAUCGAUCUAUCACUUUUAUUUCCUAUUUUUUACUCACAGUUCCUUAUCUUCGCCUUACGCUUCGCUGAAACGGGAUUUGCACAACUUACUUUGUAUCAUUUUCGUAAAUGAUCUUAGUAGGUUUUUCGUGCACUUGGUGUGAUUGCUGCCGAACAGUGAAAAAAUCGUUUAUACUGUGCAGCUCCUCGUUUCACAGAUGAUUUUUGGUCUGCAGUUACACAAUGUACACGAAAUACCCUACUAACCAUGUUUAUCUGUAUUAUUACAUUAUUUUUGAGUUGCAGCAUCAGCGCUAGUCCUUCAAGCUUGUUUAAUGAAAUAAUUCAGCACCUUACAAAAUUGUCAUCGUCUAACUCAAUACACCUUUCAGUUUUAAUAGGUGCCACUCAGCCCAUUACUGCUUAACUUCGAUCUAACCCAUAUAGUUUUAUGUUCUUAUCGAAGACUGUCAAAUUUGCGAGAAUUCUAUGUUCUAUGUUCUGUUCUAUGUUUUCAUGAACAUAUUUGCUAGUUUCUUCUAUGAUUGUUUUGAAAUAUAUUUUCUUAAGCUGUCGUGAUACAAAUGAAAUUCCUGUGCUCUGCAUGUAUGUACGAUUGUGUUCAUAUAUGUGAAUGUUUGAUUAUACGUGUACAAUACAAUGUAUUAUUCUUACCCUUGAGAUUAUAAAUAUUUUUCGAUAC